CCUGCCCGGGAAACUUGCGGUGGGUUGUUGCCCUCGGGUCGCUCCGGGGCGCGGACGCGGGAGCGCGCCAUGGGAGAUACGCCGGGGGCUCGCGAGCCCCGGGCCCGGCCGAAAGAGCGGGACCCGGAGCGGCAGCCCCGCCCGGACCGAGACCGUCACCCCGAGCGCCAGCGGGACAGACCCGGGGACCGGCGCCGGGAGAGGAUCGGGGCCGAGCGCGGGGACGGGCACCGCGGCAGGGGGAGGGACCGGGACGCUCGCCAGGACGGCGACGGCGACCGCCGAGCUGGGGAGAAGGCCCGCCGCGGCCGGGCGCGGGAAGCCCCCCGGAGGCCCGCCGGCCCCGCAGCCCCGCCCCCCUGGCCCGCGCCCCGGGAGACCCCGGAGCCGCCGCCCCAGAGGAGGGAGCGCUUGGGGCCCCGCGGCCCGGCAAGUGAACCCACUUCAGGGAGAUACCUGCCCUCGAACCCCAGGUCUGGACUAGAGGAAGUGGAAUAUUACCAGUCAGAGGCUGAAGGACUCCUGGAAUGCCAUAAAUGCAGAUACCUGUGUACUGGGAGAGGUGUGGUACAGAUAGUGGAGGUGAUACUGAAUGGGAUGGUUCUCAUGUGUGUCGUGGCCUCCUACUUUGUCCUUGCUGGAUUCAGCGCCAGCUUCACCAGUGGUGGCGGCUUUGGAAACAACUACUACUCCCCAUUUGAGGGCACGGAGCUGGAGCAGGUUCGGCAGCUGGACCAGCAGUAUACGGUCCUCCGGGCACCUCUGAUUUAUGGUGGUGUGGCUGUGUCUCUGGGGCUGGGUGUCCUCACUAUGGGUGUUUUACUCCAAGGAGCCAAAAGCCUAACCAAACUGUGGGGGAAGUGGCUCCUCCUGGAGGCCGCCUUCAGCCUCCUGGCGGCUCUGAGCUACGGCGCAGGCAUUGGCAUUUACCUCCACGUAGCCUUGCAGAUCAAUUCCACCGACACUUGCAGAGCACGAGCGAGGCUCUAUGCCCGCAAGGGUCUCACCUGGAUGAACUGCGAGCUGGCAGGCACGGACGGAGCAGCAGCCACCUUUGCCUGUCUCCUGGUGAUCAUGUAUGGGGCCAGCGUGGUGCUGGCGCUGCGGAGCCACCGGGAGCAGCAGCGCCGCAAGGAGGGCCAGGCGCAGCCCCGAGAGUACCAUGACGGCCCGGAGUACCUGUGGUCAGGAACACUCUGAGACCUUCUGCAGCCCAACUGGCAACCCAUCUCCCUUGUUUCUCUCCAAAAGAUGUGACCCUUACAAUGACACAUUAGACAACCGUGGCUUCCGCAUCCUUGAGUUUCCGUACGUUCCCUUCGGUCCCAGCACGAAGCUAGAUGAUCACGGCAGUCUUCUAUCAAAAAGUCUUUGUUGGCUGAGACCUUGGAAAAAAUACGUCCACCUCUGCAGCAAAGAGCAACAUCAGAAGCCUGGGGCCGCCCCGUGGUGUGGCUCCCCUAUGGGAUGGUAAGAUGAUAAUGACACAGAACUAAGGAGUCGGGCGUUCGGAAAGGGAGGCUGCACGUCAGGGGUAGGCAGGCCCCACUGCAGAAAUAGCGGACCUGUCCUAACUACUCAGAGUCACCCAAAGAAACAUGCCAUUGCUCCCUGGUGUUUGGUCCCAGGGGAAUGAUUUUAAAUCGGUUGUAUGACUGACUUCUGAGUAAUUACAUUCUGACACUCCUAGAAGGAAACUGGCCUGACUGCCUGGCUGCCAGGGAGCCUUCCUCCCUUAGAGACGGGGGCGAUGCUUGGAGGCGAUGCUUGUCCCAUGCAUGUUCUCCCUCCCGGGCUCCUGCAUCAGGGCAGAGAGAAAAUGCGGUUUUGCCAGCAUUCCAGGUUCCUUUUUUGUUGCAAGUCAUUCAUUUGGAUUUCACACUCCAAAAAUAUGUUUUAAUGUCCUUAAAUGAGGCUUUCAGAGAGUGAGAAAAUUCAUGAACUUCUUAAAUGCAUUAGUUCAGUUGAUUUCAAAAUAAGAACAGUUAAUUUUACUAGACUAGAAGGACGUAUCGGAGGCUUCCUCAUUUUUGCCUGCCCUCUAGAGUAGGCAGGGUGUGAUCUCUCAUGACCCUGGAUUGUUUUUGUAAUAUAACAGAUCAUUAAUGCUGAAUAAUAAAGUUCUUCCAAUGAUUUUAAUCUCAA